AUGAAGGGAUUAACUUCUGUACUUCUGUUUGUUGUUUCGAUGAUUUUCUUUUCAGCUUCAUCUGCAUUACCUUCACCACCAGAAACCAGCUUCCUUCUAUGCCUUUACAAGCAAUCUCAACCCUCCAAUUCAAUCUCUAAUGCGAUCAUCACCCCGAACAACUCUUCAUUUUCAUCUGUUCUGCAGAAAUAUGGUAGGAACCUGAGAUUCUUGACACCCGCCACUCCGAAACCUCUUGUCAUCGUUGCUGCCAUGGACAAAUCUCAUGUUCGGGCCACUAUACUUUGCUCCAAAGCAGGUGGUUUGCAGAUGAGAAUUCGCAGCGGUGGACACGAUUACGAUGGUCUUUCUUAUGUUUCGGACGUUCCCUUUGUUUUACUCGACAUGUUUAAUCUUCGAUCUAUUGAUAUAGACUUGAAAGAUGAGAGUGCAUGGGUUCAAUCUGGCGCGACUGUUGGAGAACUUUAUUAUCGAAUUGCAGAAAAGAGUAAUGUCCGUGGAUUUCCAGCAGGAAUAUGCCCUACUCUUGGGGUUGGUGGACAUUUUUCAGGAGGUGGAUAUGGGAAUAUGAUGAGGAAAUACGGGUUAUCGGUUGAUAAUGUUGUCGAUGCUGAAGUAGUUGAUGUGAAUGGAAAUGUUUUAGACAGGAAAGGGAUGGGAGAAGAUCUGUUUUGGGCAAUCAGAGGUGGGGGAGCUGCAAGUUUUUGUGUUGUUCUUUCAUGGAAGAUCAAACUGGUUCCGGUACCGGAAAAGGUUACAGUUUUUCAAGUGGAGAAGACAAUGGAGGAAGGAGCUGUUGACCUAGUUGUGAAAUGGCAAGAAGUUGCAGACAAACUCGACGAAAAUCUCUUCAUCAGACUGAUGCUGAGUCCUACGAAAAUCAGUACCAAGAACAGUGUAAAAGCAUCUUUUGUUGCCAUGUUCCUUGGCCAAUCUAAUAGUCUUCUGUCUCUGAUGAAUCAUAGCUUUCCUGAAUUAGGGUUACAGCAGAAAGACUGUAUUGAAAUGAAGUGGAUUGAAUCCGUCCCCUUUUGGACUGGUUCUCCGAACGGAACGCAAAUAGAUGAUUUGCUCAUCCGAGAAUCAAAACGACCAGUUUUUCUAAAAAGAAAAUCUGAUUAUGUUCAAAAACCAAUCUCC